UCGAGAAUAUUUCGCGUUGAACGUUGUCUCAGUGGACGAGGUAAGUAUUGGAUAGCGGCUCGGACUUACCAUUUUUAAAAAAAAAAGGUGUUUCAGGCCCCCGAAAGCCAAAAUAUUUUCUUCUCACGCUAUUGACAUGAAUAUGCGCAUGUCCACCAUGUAUAUGAGAGAACUCUACUCUCUACUCUAUAGUCUCGCGAGUAGCGACACUGCUGCAUAUAUGUAUACUGACACAUACAUAUACGUAUAUACUGGCAUACAUAUCAACAUAUGAUCUGCAUUUCCAAUCCAAGAAUGGUUUCUUUGAAAUUGCAUUAAUUUUACAAAAUUUCUAAAGAUAAUAAUCAUUUAUUUAUUAAAAAUUGUAAUAAAUUAUUAUUACUAUUAUUAUUAUUAUAUUCAAUCAUCAUGUUAAUAAUUUAAUAUUACCGAGAAAUUUACUAAUAAUUAUACUUAGUGUGUUUUGUAAAAAGAAGAAAGUUGAUAAAAUAAAAAUCUAUGUAAAAUAAUUGUAUAAGUAUGUAUAUAUGUACAUAAGUCAAAUUAACAUUCCGCAUCCAGAAAUUAGAAAUACUACAUGAGGUUUAUCGUUAUUGAAAUUAUCUUUUAUCAAAGAACUAUAUACAUAUCUUCUAAAAAUUUUAAAUAAUUAUGACGUCAAAUAUAUAUGCACGUAGCCACCUAAUUAACUUCAACUGAUGGGUGAUGAUAUCGUAAUCGUAAUUCCUUAUAUACCUAUACCUAUAUAUACUUAUACCUAUAUAUAAAUAACGUAACCCUCAAAAGUUGACAUCGCGCGCAUGUUUUCGGACGUGUGAUCGUGUGUUUUGUUUCUUUCCGUAUUGAAUUUCGAACCUAAUUCUAAAUGAGUAAGGUUUUGGAAAAUCCUACUCCAAAAAUCUACCCGACGUUGGAAGAAAAAAUCGCCGACGGAGAAUGUGAAGAAAAAGUGACCCGUAAUCCCGACGAAUUCGAUGCUCGUGGAAUCUUUGAACUAUUACGAAAUAUAAACGAUCCCGAGCAUCCAUUGACGCUCGAGCAGUUAAAUGUUGUCCAGCAGAAUUUAAUAGAAGUCGACAAUGAAAGCAAUGAAAUCAAUGUCCAAUUCACUCCAACAAUACCACACUGUAGCAUGGCCACAUUGAUAGGUUUGUCGAUAAGAACACAACUAUUGCGGACUAUUCCUCCUAGGUUUAAAGUUAGUGUUACCAUUACCCCAGGAACACAUACAGCAGAAACUGCUGUAAAUAAGCAAUUGGCUGACAAAGAAAGAGUAGCUGCUGCGUUAGAGAACCAAUUUCUGUUGACUGUUAUUGACCAGUGUCUAGAAAAUGCUGUACAGACGUAAUGUUAUAUUUAUUGUAAAAUCUGCUACUGUUAAGCUCAACAAAUUGAGGGUUUGCAUAAGAAGAAUAAUCAAUUUGUGAGUCGCUUAAAGUUUAAAAUGAUCAAAUAUGAAGCUUAUUUUUAAUCCUUAAAAAAUGCAGAUUCUGGACUGCAUAUUAAAUAUUUAUAUCAGUUCUCCUGUUAACAUUAUUCUAGAUGGAGAAACAUAUUGAUAUUUAGUAUAUAAUUUUUGCAAAAUAUUUUUGUAUGGUAAUAAAUAUAGAAACUCGAGAAAUUUUAAAAAUAUUGUUAUGACUUGAACUACUGAUUGAAGUUACUCAUGCAAACAUCUGAUUUUGGAACAUUAAAAAGUUAUGUAUGUACAAAAUAAGUAAUUAACAUAUUUAUAAUUACAUUUAUUUCGUUUUAUAUAACAAUCAAAAAUUAUUUCUAAUAAAAUAUUAAAUAGUCUAGUA